AUGUCGGCGACGGAACAACGCUAUCCGGUUAUCGACAAAGAAGCUCUCGCUAUCGUUUGGGCAGUCAAGAAGUUUUUCAACUAUUUAUAUGCACGGAAGUUCACGCUCGUCACGGACCACAAACCGUUGACGCAAAUCCUGCAUCCAGAGAAGUCACUGCCUACACUUUGUAUAAGUCGCAUGGCAAACUACGCUGAUUACUUAGCGCACUUUAAUUUCGACGUAGUGUACCGAUCGACUAACGAAAAUAAGAAUGCCGAUUAUUGUUCACGCAUUCCAAGUCCCUCGACACAAUCCAGUGUCAACAGCCUUUCUCUUCGUAGAGGAGGAAAUGAGGAUCAAGACGAUUUUGAAGAUUUUGUGCUUAACCAAAUCCAGCAGCUGCCCAUUAAAGCCGAUCAAAUCGCACGCGAAACGCGAAAAGAUGCGCACUUGGACAAAGACAUCGAGCAGCUAGCCAAAUCAUGCCACGAAUGCGCUCAAACGGUCUCAGCACCUCCUAAGUUCAAUCAACACCAUUGGGAGUAUCCAUCUAACCCUUGGGAGCGUGUGCAUGUUGACUAUGCGGGACCCGUUGCUGGCGCGAUGCUACUGAUCAUCGUGGAUGCGUACAGCAAGUGGGUUGAGGUGAAAGUGACUCACUCAACCACUACCGAGGCAACCAUAAAAAUCCUCGACGAGCUAUUUGCAUCCUAUGGAGCCCCCCUAACUGUUGUAACAGACAACGGAACACAAUUCACUGCAGCAGAGUUCACCACAUUUCUUCAACGAAGCGGUGUCAAGUUCCACAAACGCUCCGCUCCAUAUCAUCCGGCAACCAAUGGGCAAGCAGAGAGAUACGUUCAGACAGUUAAGCGAGCUUUGAAGGCUAUGCAUUCGUCCAGCACUACACUUCAAGCUAACCUGAACGAGUUCCUGCUCCAGUACCGCAAAGUCCCGCACAGUGAAACCGGUGAAGCACCAGCAAAGCUUUUCCUAGGGCGAAACAUCCGUUCACGUCUCGACCUGGUUCGACCACAAUCCGUCCAGACAAGAACAGCAGAGAAGCAACGAGUCGCUUUUGAACCAACGUACCGAACAUUCUUGCCCGGACAACUCGUCUACUGUCUCUCGGGAAGUACGAGAAUGGAUAAGUGGAUCCGAGGUACAGUGGUAUCCCGACUAGGCGAUCUACACUACUCCAUCAACUGCAAUGGUAACCAGAUGAAACGUCACGUGGAUCAGAUGCGACCAACCCUAGACGACAACAGGACAGAACAGCCGCGAAGUGUACCUGUACCAACUCAAACUCCGGAGGUACACCAUCACCGCAGGCACUACUACGGGUCAACCGACUCUCCACAAACAUCGAGUGUCCCCGUUUCAUCUCGGACAGUCUCCGUGUCAUCAGACUCAUCUACUGCGUCCGAUUCAUCGUAUGACACACCGACAGGAAGCCCGAUCCGAGCCAGUGACGCCCCGCCCUUCGUCCGCCGUUCUACAAGACUGCGAAACCCGCCGUUGCGAUACUCGCCGUAG